GUUUGUCUACUUGAUCGAAAAGGUGAUGGAUGCGCGGGAUGCACGCGUUCAAAAUGGCGCCUGUCUAAUGCUGUCGGUGAGGGGCUGAACCGAGGUGUCAUCAACAAUGACCACCUAAUGUGAAAUGCCAGCGAGUUGCGCUGCCUGCAGAACUCGAUACCAGCACGGCAGCAACGUCACCUUCCACAACUUCCCGGCGAGGGAUCACUGGUGCUUGGUACAAUGGUCAGCCUUCACGGGUAAAGGCGAAGAUUGGCGGCCCACACGAUUCCACCGACUGUGUUCGCGUCACUUCGAGCCGCGCUGUUUCAACGUCCUCAACGGGAAGUCCUACCUCCGCCCGGGAGCCUUGCCAACUCGCAACAGGCCCUCGAGCCACACGCACAACAAGCGAAGCCUGAGAGGCAGGAAGCGGACGGCUCCAGAGUUACUCACCAAGAUACCUGGAGCGACUCCAGCGACCACCCCAACGCGCGGUAAAGUCGUCAUGGAGAAGGCCAAGUCAAUCCUGCAGAGGGUCAAACCCGCUUCGAAGGAGGUUGGGCAACCCGAGAUGGCUGCCGUCAAGGGUACGAGCCCUACUGCCCGCAGUAACGUUCCAGAGGCAAGGGGUCCCCGACAGUUCGUGCCACCGACGCGAAAAGUCACGAGCACGCAGGAGACGAUACCGGAAACACCGGAGAAGAGACCAAUCAUAAUCCACGUUACAUCGCUCAGCACGAGUCCUUCUUCGCAGCGUCCGUCGCGCCUCAAGCGUCGACCAGUGAAACUGCGUUCGGGCGAGUUCGAAGAGGGCGCCCCCCUUGCAAAGUCCAGCCGGCGACUGCGGCACGCCGAGCAGCCGCCUCCCGUUGGCGCGGAGUCCAGUUCUGAAGCCGAUCCGGACGCCGAAUCCGAGCCAGAAGCCGAGCUUCCACCCGAUCACGAAUCCGAUCUCGAAGAGGAGGUCGAGUACAUUCCGGAUGACUACGAUUCGGACGUGGAUGCGCCAGAAGUCGUCGAAAAUGUCGCCAAAAAGCCGGCUUCCCCUGUGAAAGUCGUUACGGUUCGGGCUGGAGAAUCUUUGCUGAUCUCGAAAAGAAAUCCGCCGAACGCGACACCUUCGGCGGCGGCAUCUUCGGCCGUUGUAGGAAGUUCCCCGGCCAAAGUUGUGGCGGGCAGCGAUUCGGCGUCCUCUGUUUCACAGUUGCAGGCUGAUCUGGCCCGGGAGCGCACCAAAAACGAGGAGCUGACGAUGCAGUUCAACAAGGCAAAGACGGUGAUCGAAGGCCAGUGCCGGAACAUCGUCGCCCUCGAAGAGACGAUCAACUCGCUCCGGCAUCGGCUCGUCCAGAUGAGCGCGAAGUGCCGGAGCGAUGCAGCACCCGCAGAUGCCGAGAAGGUUGCCAAAUAAACGCUGUUGUGCCGGCAGUGAGAUGCCACAAGUUUCGUCCCGCCUGUUUCAACAGAAAACAUAUUCAAAUUUCAACAUACCCCUAGCCUUAAGACUGGGAGGAGUAAAGGCACACCUGUACCCUCAAAAUUAUGAACAGUGUGAGAUUAAUAGCGAUACGAGGCAAUCUCAUAAAGGUGCACCCUCUACGACUAAUGCCUUGAACACUCGACAACGUGCAAGCUAAAGCGAAGUGGCUCUUUUGUUUUUAGUAUGUGCCUAUCUAGAGGGAGGUAAAAUGCAAGAAUGCUCUUGGGCCUAAGACAAUUUCCCUAAAGCUACACGCUUUUUGCCCAAGGAAACAUUUAAAAGGCACGCUGCAACUGUGGCAAAUAUCUCGGCAACGGCUUGCACUGGAUGAUGCUGUCGCAAAGUAAAAAUAAAGGCACUGCAUACCAAAA